UUUUUUUUUUGUCAACAUCAAUGAAACCCUUUUAUUUUUCUUUUUAUUUUUCCUAAUAUUGUCUCAUUCUCUUAUUGAUUAUUUUUUUUAUCGUUUUCUAUGGAACAACAAGAACAGAAGGUGGCCUUGAUUACUGGCGUGAAUUACCUUGGUGUUUCUUACGGUAUAGCCAAACGGUUACUCGAAUUAUUUCAACAACAAGGACAUUCUUCCUCAUUGACUAUUAUAUUUGCUAGCCGAAACUAUACUCGUACUGCUGAAGUACGCGAUUAUUUAUUACAAAGUCAUCCAUAUGCUAACAUUGAUAUUGUGGUACUUGAUUUGAACUCGAUUGAUUCCAUUUUAGCCUGUUGUCAAGUGAUUCGAGAGAAAUAUUCAAGAAUUGAUUAUUUGUUUUUGAAUGCAGGCUAUUUACCUUCGUCGGGUAUACGAUGGAGUACACUUUUCUAUAUGCUUUGGAAAGAUCCGAUUGGUCUAGUAGAAACAUCUGUAGCUACUAUACAAGCAUCCUUAGGAGAAGUCAAUCAAGAUAACAUAGGAAAGGUAUUUGCAUGUAAUGUAUUUGGUCAUUAUGUUAUGAUGCGUGAAUUGGAAUGUUUACUUACUAAAGGAUCAGCUGGUACAAAUAAUGAUAAAGGUGGUCGAGUGAUUUGGACAAGUUCUUCCACUGCAUUUAGUGAAUGUUUUGAUAUUAAUGACUGGCAAGGAUUGAAAUGCGAAUUACCUUAUGAAUCAUCUAAAUGGGCAUGUGAUUUAUUGGCAAUAGCAAGUAAUGAAUACUUCUUACAACAUCAACUGAAUAUUACGUCCUUCAGUGUAUCACCAGGCGUUGUGGCUAGUGCAAUUGGAAAUUUACCUUUAUGGCUUGUCUAUUUUCGAAGUUUAUUUCAUUAUGUGUUUCGAUUGUGUGGAGUUGAAUCUCAAAAUAUUACUGGUUAUCGUGGAUCUAUUAGUGCUGUCUUUGUUGCUUUACAACCUCUGGACGUACUUAAUACUAUGUUAAGGUACACUUCAGCAACUAAUCGUUGGGGAACUUCUUUUGUUAAACCGAAGGUAUUGGAUCAUCUAGAAUUGGAACAAGCUUAUACUUUAUUAGAACAUUGUGAACAUAGUUAUCAAAUUUUAGUUCGAAAAAGAAGAGAAAAAUAAUAAUAAUAAUAAUAAUAAUAAUAAUAAUAAUAAUA